AUGCCACUGGCCUCAGCGCAAUUGGGGUCCCUCCGCCUGGCAGCGAGCGGCGCCUGCAGGCAGCGUCUCUCCCUCAGCUCCCGAACGGCCAUCCGCUCGACGAGAUGUGCGCAGCUGCGCGCCUUCUCCAAGCUCUACUCCCGAACUAGUACGCGAAGCACUCCGGCAGCGGAAUCGACCGAACGACUUCAGCCACAGCCUCGCUCCCCAAGCCUCGUCUUCUCCCGCGCGCUGUCCGGAAAGCCGCUGCCCCAGCCCAGGUCAUGGGUGCUCAACUUCCUCUACCGGAUGGCGGCGUGGCUUGGAAUCUCAUGUGUCGUCGUGGGGACCGGCAUCUUUGGCUUCUUUCUCUACGACGCCAGCACUUACAAGGAACACGGCACGCAGAGCGACAUUGACGUCUCGCAGCUCGCGCUCCAGCCUCGCCGCGGCGGGCCCAAGAACUUGCCCAUCGCCGAGGUCUUCAUCGACGACGACGUGAGCAGCGGCAAGUCGAAGCCCCGGCUUGUGGUUCUCGGCGGAGGCUGGGGCGGCGUGGCGCUUCUCAAGGACCUGAACCCGGACGACUACCACGUCACCGUCAUCUCUCCGACAAACUACUUCCUCUUCACGCCCAUGCUGCCGUCGGCUACUGUGGGAACACUGGAGCUGCGCUCUCUGGUCGAGCCGAUUCGAAGGAUACUGAGCCGCGUCCACGGCCACUUCAUACGUGCCAAGGCGGAAGACGUCGAGUUCUCUUACAAGCUUGUCGAGGUAUCCCAGCUCGAUCACAGGGGACAGGAGGUCCGUUUCUACGUCCCUUAUGAUAAGCUGGUCAUUGCCGUCGGUUCAGCAACAAACCCUCAUGGCGUCAAGGGGCUGGAGAAUGCCUUUUUCCUCAAGGACAUUAAUGAUGCCCGGAUGAUUCGAAACAAGGUCAUUCAGAACCUCGAGUGCGCCUGUCUGCCUACAACCACGGACGAGGAACGCAAGCGGCUUCUGUCCUUUGUCGUCAGCGGUGGUGGUCCGACUGGCGUUGAGUUCGCCGCUGAGCUGUUCGAUCUCCUGAAUGAGGAUCUUACCCGACACUUUCCUCGUCUGCUGCGAAACGAGAUUUCCGUCCACAUCAUCCAGAGCCGAAGCCAUAUCCUAAACACCUACGACGAGACGGUUUCCAAGUACGCCGAGGAGCGAUUUGCCCGCGACCAGGUCGAGGUGCUUACCAACUCGCGAGUCAAGGAGGUCCAGGCGGACAAGAUCAUUUUCAGCCAGAAGCAAGAGGAUGGCACCGUGGUCACCAAGGAGCUGCCUAUAGGCUUUUGUCUGUGGUCUACCGGCGUGUCUCCUACGGCCUUGUCGCAGAAACUGGCCAAGAAGCUGGGUCCCAGCCAGACGAACCGACACGCGCUGGAAACGGACACUCACCUCCGCCUCAACGGUGCUCCCCUCGGCGAUGUCUAUGCCAUUGGUGACUGCGCCACUGUGCAGAACAACGUUGCCGACAGCAUCGUCAGCUUUCUCCGCAAGCUGGCUUGGUCGCGUGGGAUCGAGCCGGAGUCACUUCAGCUGCAUUUCUCGGACUGGCGAAACGUUGCUGCCGAUGUGAAGAAGCGGUUUCCGCAGGCGAUCAACCAUCUCAAGCGCCUUGAUAAACUCUUUUAUGAAUUUGACAAGGACCAGUCGGGGACGCUCGAUUUCGGCGAGCUUAGGGAGCUCCUGAAGCAGAUCGACAGCAAGCUGACGUCGCUCCCGGCCACGGCACAGCGUGCCCACCAGCAGGGACAGUACCUCGCCCACAAGUUCAACAAGCUGGCCAAGAUCUCAGAGGCCAUGCUGGCGAACGACAUUCGAGAUGGUGACUUGGAUGCCGCCGUGUACAAGGCUUUCGAGUACCGUCACCUGGGCAGCUUGGCGUACAUUGGAAACUCGGCCGUGUUCGACUUGGGAGAGGGCUGGAGCAUGGCCGGCGGGCUCUGGGCCGUGUAUGCCUGGAGGUCCGUCUACUUUGCGCAGAGCGUGAGCUUCAGGACGAGGAGCUUGAUGGCCAUGGACUGGGCGAAGCGAGGGCUGUUUGGUAGAGAUCUCGUCGCUUUCUAA